AGGAAGUGUGCUUCACAGUUGCAGCAUGGAGAUCAAAAACUGUUUUGUUAUACACAUUCUUAUGUUGAUCGUAGGAGGUAUUGGAGAAUGUUCGGCAGUUAAACACCUUAUUGUGGCCGAAGGAGAUACGUUGGUAUUGAAAUGUCUUCGGAGAAACUCCAGUGCAGAAAUAGAGUGGAGAAAUCGAGAAGGCCAUGUCAUGUUUUUUAACACACACAAAGGUCUGAAAGAUCCAAGGAGCAGCGUUUUUACAUUUAACAACUUUGAAUAUACAAUACACCUAUCAAAUGUUACCCUAAAAGAUGAAGGUGUUUAUAAAUGUCUCAUGUAUGAACAGCGUGUCAUUACAAAAAGAUACAAAGUAAAAGUUUUGGGUACCCCAAAAAUAGAAAUGGCUGAGUAUGGAGAUCAAACAAUAAUAAAAUGUACGACAGCGGCAAACGGCCCCCCACCAGAACUCUCCUGGCUGAUGAGUGGAAUUGAGAUUGAGGCCCAACCAAACACUUUAAGGGAAGUUGGAUCCAUCAGGUCAGCGGUAGUUAGCGUCUUAAAAAUCAAAACUCAUAUCAGUAAAGCUACAGUGAUAUGUUUGGCUAAACACCGAGAUCUUCAGAAACCACUGGUGGAUUUCAUCAUCAUUAAAAAUGACUCUGUUAUGGUCCCCACAUCAAGCUAUUCCACUACAAGAGAUCAACCAAAAACCGAGACAAUGAUCACAGUCACUUCAGCCCCUCUCUUUACCAGUACAGCACACGCGGAAUUAACAUCUAUUCCAGAAAGACCUGAAGUGACCUCAGCAGGAGAAAGCACUACUUUAAACAGCACAAUAAUAUAUUACACAAACUCUUCGGAUGGAAAUUCAACUGAAGAAACCCAGAAAAAUAACGUCACCAGCCAAGAAGGUUUUGGUGUAGAGAAUGAACACAAGAAACAUCACACUGAUAAAAAUCCAAGCUCACCCCUGCUGGUUCUGCUGGUGACAUGCCUGAUUUUUUGUCUGCUUAUUGUCGUCAUUUUCUUCGCAAUCAAACUGCGACGAGCCCAUCUAGCCUGGAAAAAAGAGAAUGAAGAGUCCGAGCCAUCUGUGGAAAGCAGCAAGUCAAAAUCCAGUCAUGAAGAGAAACAGGCCCAGGAGAGGAGAAGAAAAGGUUUUUGGAACUCAAAUUUCACAGAAUACAAAAUCGAGGAAGAAACUCCACCGAAUGUGGCAAAUCCCAACAGUACAGAAAAUGUGAUCAAAGAAACAGAAGACAGUUCGAGAGCAGCUACUAGCAAACCGGACGUUUAUGUCAAGGAAACCGAACUUUAGAGGAAUAUUCAGCAGGGUCUGAAUACUUAUAAAAGACUGAAGUGAUUGAGCACUCUAAUGUGAACCACAUGGGAAGCUACCAAAUACUAGUAAAUUACUAGUAGUUUGACAAAGGUGCACAGUUGGCCUCUUUAAGAGAAAAACUUAAAUACAGGCUGUGAUUUGUACAUAUUGUUUUGUAUAUUUGCUGUUUUUUAUUUACUGUUUAUAACUACGUUUGAAUGUAGUUCUCAAAUAAAUUGUACUUUUGUUGGUAUUCAAAGCUUUAUAUUAAAUUCUAUUUUUUUAUUAUGUGUGUUGUAUGAUAUGUGUGAUAAUAUCAUAGUGUGCUGUUUAAGAAUUGUAAUAUG